AUGUUGAGCUUUCAGCAUUUGGACAUCCAGGUGACCGGUCCUCGAGCCGCUGUUUUCCGGGAUGCCAUUGUGGAGUUGCUCGAGAUGGAGCUGGGCUCUGCUUUGACCCCACAGGUGAAGGCUGGAUUCCAAGCUAUUCUGAACUACAGCGCGGGUGCCAUGAUCUACGUGCGAAGAGAAUAUUCCGACCGAAUUCAACUCCUACGCACCAGUUGGCUAGCCGCAGCUUGGUUGAGCAUGUACUAG